AUGGCUAUUCUCCUCGCUCAUGAUGGUCAUCGGGUGACCGUGUUUUCUGAAGUGCUCGAGCCGGGCUUCGAACUGAACGGUGCAGUGGAUAAUGUGCAAGUUAAGUCACCAAAUUCACUCGCCAAACAAAUUCGCGAGCUGUUUCGAAUUGUCAUGCGCCUCGUAAAAAAGUUUGAUUGGAAUACUAAAAAUCUAAAAAUGAUGAAAUUUCCCACGAUAUGUUCACAUUUUUCAGAUCUCUUUAUAACGCAUUCAAUGCUGAAAUCGCUUUCAAGGAAUCCAGUUACUGAACCGAAUUACUAUUCACGACUCGACCUUCUGAAUCGCCAUCCUCUAUCGUUUCUGUGUAGACUGAUUACCGCACGUGAUGCACUGAUCGAACAGAUGAGUGUUCUGAUCCUUGGUGAUCGUUUCAUUAAAAGGAGUGCAAACAAACUUGCCAUUGAUACUGGAUUCAGUAAACUUUUUUCUGUACGUUCGUCAUAUUCGACUCGUCAAAAAACUAAACAUUCUUCCAUCACAUUCGUUGACUACUUCGAUAAGCCCUAUUGGCCUACAGCAAUCUCAAAUUCAAUCGUUUUCACGACACCACCAUGUGAUGUUCCACAACCUCUGUCGAAUGAAAUCAAACAAUUCGUUGAUGAUCCACGAUCGAAAGGAACUAUUUAUAUGGCCUUUGGGUCGCUUGUUAAUUGGGCAACUGCUCCGGACAAUGUUAUUCAAAGUUUCAUUGAUGCGUUCAAUUCGCUGCACGACUAUCGUAUCAUAUGGACGUCUGGUGAAAAAUUACCGCUCCAAUUGCGCACUCACAUCAAAACACUCUCGUGGGCACCUCAAGCGGCUCUUUUGCACCACAAUCGCACGAAACUCUUCAUUACGCAUGCUGGCUUAAAAAGUUUGAAAGAAUCAAUUUGUGCCAGUGUACCCAUAGUGGCAGUGCCAUUUUUCGCUGAUCAAAUGAAAAACUCAUUAAUUGCAAAAAAUUUGGGAUUUGCUGAGAUCAUUCACAAACGUCGAAUCACCUCAACGGUGGUUCUGAACACAUUACGGUUGAUGCUUGAAGGUGACUCGUAUCGAGAGAGAAUCUUAUCUGUAUGUUACUUCAAAAUAUCAGUGAAUCUCAAUGAUGAUAAUUGA